GUUGACUUAAGCUCCCUCAGUUUCAUUGCACUCACCAGGCGCCUUGCCCUUUGCUGGUCUUCCUUUCUUGCUGGGGGCCAUCGUCCAUGCUCUUUGACCUAUGCCAAGGCUAUGCAUGUCUCCUUCUUCCUGCUCUUCCUCCUGGUCCUCUUCUCUCUCUUGACCAGUCCUUUGGGGUCCAGCCGGGGCUCAAGCCACCUGCCGUGCCCUCCCUCCUGCAAAUGCUCCCCUGACGCCAUCAUUUCCUGCGACCGAGCUGGCCUCCGGCGCCUCCCCAAGGAUAUUGCGGCCUCCACCAUUUCACUCAACCUCUCCAACAACUUCCUUCGCCUCCUGACUGCUGACGCCUUCAGCAACCUGACCUACCUCAAUAGCCUUUGGUUGAGCCGCAACAACUUGACCUUCUUGUAUCCCGGAGCAUUCAAAUCUCUCUGCAACCUGAGGGUGCUCCACCUGAGCCAGAACCCAAGGCUGACCUACCUCCAUGCCAACACCUUUGAAGGCCUCAAGAACCUCAUCAGCUUGGACCUGUCCCACUGCAACCUCUUUGAGAUCCAUCCUUUUGUCUUCUCCCACCUGCCUUCCUUGGAAGCCCUCGACUUAACCUCCAACAACAUGCGCUACAUCCCGGAGGCUUUCCGGAAACUGGUGCACCUGACAAAGCUCUCCCUGGAGAGGAACAACAUCGAAGCCAUCGGGAGGGACUCCCUCAAAGACAUGGUGGCCCUGAAGGACUUGAACCUGCGCAAGAACCGCAUCUGGACCAUCCAGAAGGAUGCAUUCCUCCGACUGGACAGGUUGGGUGUGUUGAAUUUAGGACACAACCGCCUCUCCGAUUUGCCUAAGCAGCUCUUUGCCGGAUUAACGCGGCUCAGGACCAUGCACCUCGAGGCCAACCAUCUCACCGGGAUCAGUUGCCCCUUUGGCAGCCUGCGCAACCUGCGGAAGCUGUACCUCAACAACAACCGCAUCGCCUCCAUUGCCAGCUCGGCCUUCUCCGCCUUGAAGGAGCUGGACUUCCUCCACUUAAACCGCAACAACCUGAGCCACCUCUCCAGCCACCUCUUUGUGGACCUGCCCAAGCUGAGGCGCAUCUCCUUGUCUCACAACCCUUGGGAGUGUGACUGCUCCAUGUUGUGGCUGGCCACCUGGAUCCUCACCUACCAAGGGCUCAUCGAGGGGCUCCACUGUGCCAACGAGACCUCUCUGCUCAGCUUCCUUGACCGGGAAGCUUUCUUGAACUGCCCACCACCUCCAAAGUUCACGCGAGAAGAUGGUUGCGAUGGGGGACACCAGAACGGUGUGUCCCAUCUCCCUACCCUUUCUCAGAAACUGAUAUAUGCCCUGCUUACCUGGUGGAGCUCAGUUGCUUUCUCCUUCCUGCCAUUCAACUGAGGCUGCAAUCUUACCUUAUUGU